GUGCAGCUCUUGGGCCCCCAGUUUGCAAAAGCCAGAGGUGCAAGAAGCAGCCACUGCAGCAGCAGCAGCAGCAGCAGUAGCAGCAGCAGCAGCAGCCAACAACAGCAACAACAGCAGCAGCAGCAGCAGCCACAGCAGCAGCAAAAGCGUCAGCAGGAACAGCAUCAGCAGCAACAAAAAAUCCUCAUCAAAUCCUCACCUAGGCUUUCAGUGUAUCCAGAUCCACAUCUUCACGCAAGCCGGGAGAGGGAAAGAGGAAAGGGGGGGAGGAAAAAAAAAAACCCAACAACUUAGCGGAAACUUCUCAGAGAAUGCUCCAAAACUCAGCAGUGCUUCUGGUGCUGGUGAUCAGUGCUUCUGCAACCCAUGAGGCGGAGCAGAAUGAUUCUGUGAGCCCCAGGAAAUCCCGGGUGGCAGCUCAGAACUCAGCUGAAGUGGUUCGCUGCCUCAACAGUGCUCUGCAGGUUGGCUGCGGGGCUUUUGCCUGCCUGGAGAACUCCACCUGUGAUACAGAUGGGAUGUACGACAUCUGUAAAUCCUUCUUGUACAGCGCUGCUAAAUUUGACACUCAGGGAAAAGCAUUUGUCAAAGAGAGCUUAAAGUGCAUCGCCAAUGGGGUCACCUCCAAGGUCUUCCUCGCCAUUCGGAGAUGCUCCACUUUCCAGAGGAUGAUUGCUGAGGUGCAAGAGGAGUGCUACAGCAAGCUGAAUGUGUGCAGCGUCGCCAAGCGGAACCCCGAAGCCAUCACCGAGGUGGUCCAGCUCCCCAAUCACUUCUCCAACAGAUACUAUAACAGACUUGUCCGAAGCCUCCUGGAAUGUGACGAAGACACAGUCAGCACCAUCAGAGACAGCCUGAUGGAGAAAAUUGGGCCCAACAUGGCCAGCCUCUUUCACAUCCUGCAGACAGAUCACUGUGCCCAAACAUACCCGCGAGCUGACUUCAACAGGAGGCGCACGAGCGAGCCACAGAAGCUGAAAGUCCUCCUCAGGAACCUCCGAGGUGAGGUGGCCUCUCCCUCCCACAUCAAACGCACCUCACAAGAGAGUGCAUAAGCAGGGAGAGGUGUUCCCAACCUCGCCCAACUAGUAUCAUUUUAAAGGUGUUCGCGCACCAACUUUGAGUGUACUGUGCCUGGUUUGAUUUUUUUUUUUUUAAGUAGUUCCUAUUUUCUAUUCCCCUGACAGAAAACUGCAUGAAACUAGGCUUCUGUAAUCAAUAUCCCAACAUUCUGCGAUGGCAGCGUUCCCACAGACAGAAUACGUGUGAUCUUUCUGCCUCUCGGCAGGAGAGAGUACCCUUUUGAUCACUUCCCUCUACCAUGUCUUCUCCCGGGUCCCCUCAAACUACUCUCAAACACAGAGCAUUCGCGUAAGGCCCAGUCCUUGUAAUUGGAAGAUGUGGAGGCCUUUUAGGAUGGUUACCCCAGUAGAGUUAGCUGAUGAGAAGCAACUUAACUUAAAUGCAUGUCUUAAACGCUCAUAAAGAUGUUAAAUGGAAUUCGUGUGAUGAAUCUGUGCUGGCCAUGGACGAAUAUGAAUGUCGUGUUUGAAUUCUUGAUCUCUCAUGAGCUAGUAUCUUAUGGUCUUGAUCCUCUAGUGUGUAAUUUCCUUUCCAACACAUUUACCAAAUUGCUCAAGCCUGGCUCUUCAACCAGAGUUUGAGCCCGCAUCUUCUUGCAUCUAAUGAAAAACAAAAAGCUAACAUCUUUAUGUACUGUAACUGCUCAGAGCUUUAAAAGUACCUUUAACAAUUGUCUUAAAACCAGAGAAUCUUAAGGUCGAACUGUGGAAUAUAAAUAGCUGAAAACUAAUGUACUGUACAUAAAUUCCAGAGGACUCUGCUUAAACAAAGCAGUAUAUAAUAACUUUAUUGCAUAUAGAUUUAGUUUUGUAACUUAGCUUUAUUUUUCUUUUCCUGGGAAUGGAAUAACUAUCUCACUUCCAGAUAUCCACAUAAAUGCUCCUUGUGGCCUUUUUUAUAACUUAAGGGGGUAGAAGUAGUUUUACUCAACAUCGAAACUUAAGAUGGGCCUGUAUGAGAUAGGAAAAACCAACAGGUUUAUCUGAAGGACCCCAGGUAAAAUGUUAAUCUCCCAGCCCACCUCAACCCAGAGGCUACUCUUGACUUAGAUCUAUCCUGAAACGGCUCUGUCACAUCCAACUGGGAAUUACGGGAACCGAAAAGAGCAUCCCUUUGGGCUUGGACCACUUACGGCGUCAUAAGGCCUACUCUAUCUUGGGAAGUGGCAAUUCUUGUCUCACCGCCUCUCAUCCGUGCCUGAUAGCUCUGGCAAACUGAUGACGGCAUGGGAGACUCUCCAUUAAAUCGAUCAGGAACGAGUCAAUCAGCCUUUGGGUCUUCAGUUCCGGGGACUUGGGGCUGAGGGGGUAUAAAUAACCCUGGGCUGUCCAGCCUUAAUAGACUCCUCUUACAUUUUUGUCCUGUAGCACGCUGCCUGCCAAAGUAGUCCUGGCAGCUGGGCCAUCUCUGUAGGAUCGCAAAAAAAAAAAAUAAAAAUAAAAAAAUAAAAAAUUUAAAAAAAAAACAAAAAAACAAAAACAAAAAAAAAAGAAAAAAGAAAAAAAAGAAAAAAAAAGAGAGGGAAAAAAGAGCUGGUGGUUUGAUUAUUUCUGCCGUGAUGUUUACAAGAUGGCAACCACCAAAGCCAAAUGACUAACCUAUCUAUGAACAACAGUAGUUUCUCAGGGUCACUGUCCUUGAACCCAACAGUCCCUUAAGAGCGUCACUGCCCACCAAAGGUCAAUGUUGAGGGAGAGAGAGGGAGGAGGGGUAGGACUGCAGGGGCCACUCCAAACUCGCUUAGGUAGAAACUAUUGGUGCUUGACUCUCACUAGGUUGAACUCAAGAUUUGACCAAAUCGAGUGAUAGGGUUCCUGGUGGGAGGAGGGAGGGCACAUCUCCAGAAAAAUGAAAAGCAAUACAACUUUACCAUAAAGCCUUUAAAAGCAGUAACGCGCUGCUCAAGGACCAAGGGCAAUCGCAGCAGACCCAGCAGCAAGAGCAGCACGGCGUUGCUGCCUUUGUCCCCACACAGCCUCUAAGCGUGCUGACAUCGGAUUGUUAAGAGCAUUUUUAUACUCAGAACUGUCCCAUCCCCAGGUCCCCAAACAUAUGGACACUGCCUUAGCCUCUUGGAAAUCAGGUAGACCACACGCUAAGUUGACUCUCCCCCUCCCGCCCUCCCCAGCCCCUACCCCCAGGCAAGGCUGACUUCUCUGAACCAGAAAAGCUACCCAAGUAUGUGUGUUGUGUCCAUUUCGCAAACCCACUAAGCCAGGACCCCAAUGCGACAAGUAGUUCACGAGGAUUCCUAGCCAAAUUCUCUCUUACUUCAGUCCAGUAGGUUCUCUUUGUUUGCUGUGACCUCUUCAAACCGUGGUACCCCCCUUUUCUCCCCACAGCGAUACUUCUAUAUGUAUCUAUAAUACAUAUAUCCACACGUAUGGAAAGAAGCAGUUCUCACGAUGUUGCUAGUUUUUUGCUUCUCUUGUCCCCAUCCGACCCCACUCCUUCCGACUCCCCUUUAAACUUCCAAAGCUUCGUCUUGUGUUUGCUGCACAGAGUGAUUCGGGGGCUGACCUAGACCAGCUUGCAUGAUUCUUCUAUCGUGAUUUGGUUGCACUUUAGACAUUUUUGUGCCAUUAUAUUUGCAUUAUGUAUUUAUAAUUUAAAUGAUAUUUAGGUUUUUGGCUGAGUACUGGAAUAAACAGUGAGCAUAUCUGGUAUAUGUCAUUAUUUAUUGUUAAAUUACAUUUUUAAGCUCCAUGUGCAUAUAAAGGUUAUGAAACAUAUCAUGGUAAUGACAGAUGCAAGUUAUUUUAUUUGCUUAUUUUUAUAAUUAAAGAUGCCAUAGCAUAAUAUGAAGCCUUUGGUGAAUUCCUUCUAAGAUAAAAAAUAAUAAUAAUAAAAAUAAAGUGUUACAUUUUAUUGUUUUUUUCCCCAAUGUCUUUCAUUGUUAUUCUUUAAAAACUUCUUGAAUGAGACUUUCUGAACGUGAAGUUAACGGCCGAUUGAUUUCUUUAAAGUCACGAAUUAAGUGCUGAUAUGUAAACGAAUGUAGUUUAACUCGACAUUUGCCAAAUUUCCUUAAGACCAUUUGGUGGCUCCCAUUCCCCUCAGAAUAAAAUUGCACCCCAGAGUCCUUCCAGACGUCAGAGAAGCUGGAUGGUCUGGACACCACUCAGCUCUCCAGCCUCAAGACUCCCCCUUCCUUCACAGCAAUGAACCCUAUGCUCCCGCAGUGCGGGAGUUCUGCUAAGGCUGUGCUCGGUCUCCCUUCCGGACCUUUAUUUGUACCGUCCUCACUUUCUAGAAGACCUUGCCCUCCACCUUGUGCUCAGACUGGAAGCCCCUUUGUGUAGCCACUGAUGUGGUCCCAGCACCGGAAAAAGCACCCAG